AUGUCGGAUAAAGAUAAAAAGAAGGGUCCAAAGAAAGAGGAUGAAGCAAGCUAUGGUUUUUUAAAAGAUUUUUUAGCCGGUGGAAUUUCUGCUGCUAUAUCGAAAACAGCAGUUGCUCCAAUUGAAAGAGUUAAACUUAUUUUACAAGUUCAACAUGUGUCCAAACAGAUAUCAGAAGACAAAAGAUAUAAAGGCAUGGUGGACGCAAUUGUCCGAAUACCUAAAGAACAAGGUUUUUUGUCUUUCUGGCGAGGAAACUUGGCUAACGUAAUACGGUACUUUCCGACACAAGCGCUGAAUUUUGCUUUCAAAGACGUGUACAAAGGCAUAUUUUUAGAGGGAGUAGAUAAGAACAAGCAGUUUUGGCGUCAUUUUGCUGGAAAUUUAGCUUCAGGAGGUGCUGCUGGAGCAACAUCGCUAUGCUUCGUAUAUCCGUUGGAUUUUGCUAGAACAAGAUUAGCAGCUGACGUGGGAAAGGGCAAGGACAAGGAAUUUACAGGGCUGGUGAACUGUCUGAUCAAGACACUCAAGUCCGACGGUCCUAUGGGGCUUUAUCGAGGCUUCGUAGUGUCCGUUCAGGGCAUCAUCAUCUACCGCGCCACAUACUUCGGAUGCUUUGAUACGGCGCGCGACAUGUUACCCGAUCCUAAGAAUACAUCGCUUCUUAUUACUUGGAUGAUUGCUCAGACUGUAACUACAGUGGCCGGUAUUGCGUCGUAUCCCUUGGACACUGUCCGUCGUCGAAUGAUGAUGCAGUCCGGACGACCACUCAAUGAGCGCCAGUACAAGAGCACGGCGCAUUGUUGGGCGACCAUCCUCAAAACGGAGGGAGCCGGUGCUUUCUUUAAGGGCGCCUUCUCGAAUGUCCUGAGAGGCACGGGAGGAGCGUUUGUGCUUGUCUUGUAUGAUGAAAUAAAAAAAGUAUUAUAG